GUACACGAUGUCUGGCAGUGGUAAAUAGACGUCAGAAGGGAGUCAUCGCCUCGAGUCAAAACAAAACAAAACCAAAAAAGAUCUACGAUGACUGAAUAUUUUGACAUCCAUAAUAGACACAAGUCGAGCAAAACUAACUACUGAAAGGGGCAAAUUCCAAAGGAAGGUACUGAAGCCAUUUUUCCGACUUCUGAAAGGAUUUUUAAACUCCGAAAUAACUGGAGUUAGCCAGCUAGCUAGGUGGCUAUUACGCUAUUUCCACAACUACGUUUGGUGAGAGUGCAGCCGAGGUGUAAGAGAGUAAACUUCAAGAAACCGUGGAUUGCGAAGCGUGCUUUAAAGUGUCCAGGGGACGAGGACUGACUCAAGUUAGGCACCUUCUGAAGGUUUAUGCCCGCGUGAGCAUCGUGUGCUGCCGCUCCUCGGUGUCGAGAAACAUGGCAGAUGGCGACACGCGCUUGCCCACAAUGUGGAGGAGAGUGCAAACCUAAAUCAGAAAACCACGGACUUUCUGAUUGAUUUGUUUCCUCUAAUUGUUGUUACAGACCAUCAUGAUCAAACUGUUCAGUAAGGUUUUGCUCUCAACAUUUAUUUUUGUCAGUCGACUUAAAUUACUUAGCUAGCCAAGUUAUAAUGCUGUAGUGGAAAGAAACGACAUCCACCAUAACAUUACUGUUUGGAUUUAUUUUCAGCAGUAAACGUGGCAUUGGUUAGAUAAUCAAAUAUAGCAUAAUUUUUUACUUGAAACAUUGAUCAUCUUAUUGCUAUAGCUCCAUGAAUCCACAAAGUAACAUUGUUUCACGGGGAUCAGUGACAGCUAGAUGUAUUGUGUAUUUUGUUAUCAAUUAGUUGUUGUUUACAAAAUUAAUUAGAAUGUUGAUAUAAAUGUUGUAACUAUAUAUCGGCUCCAGUAUUCUAUUGAAGCGCGCGCGAGGUUAUUUCUACGUGAGAAGGAGCGAUACGGCACGUUGUUUACAAGUGCGGAACGAGGCAUCGUUAAAUUUAGCUAGUUGAUCAUUUGUAACGAACGCUCUUUUGUAACAGUGACCCACUGUGUAAUCCUAAUUUGUGGGUUCUUUGCAAGUAUAUGUGCUUGAGGGCGACUUUUUAUUUUCUAAUGGUAAAACUCAAAGGGCAAUACUAUUUUUAAAGGAAGACACAAUAAAUAAGUAAUUUCAAUUUAUAGUGUUAUAUAAUUGUAUAGCUACUUUCCCUUUAAUUAGCUCACCUUUUCACAAACGUCGCAGAGAUUUACUGUGUCUCCAACAAACUACCAAAACUAAACUGAUACGUUUUUAAUAUAUAUAUAUAUAUAUAUAUACCCCACAGCAACGUUUACCAUACAAUUGCAUUGUAUUGUGAUUGCAAUCCAGAUGUUUUGGUGUGCAUUCCUCCCUGAGUUCUCUUUGUUCUUUUAUACAAACAAAGGAACCCUCAUCCCAGCCUUUCUUUGCUCUGUAAAUCGGAAGGUUUAUAAUAGUUACUAUUAAGGAGAUUAUUUGGGUCCCCUAAUCUCCAAUCUCAGGAUUAACCGACGCUAUAUUGGUGUGUCCAGAUUAUUGUGUCUUUCUUCUACUAGUCCCCUUAAUAGAGGAUGGAAAAUAGCAUUUUUGUGUACGAUAGUUUAAAUUGAAUUUUUGGUUCUACAAUAAUUUUAUUAGAAAAUCUAGUUUGAACAUAGACUCCUCAGAUAAUAAUAACAAGCAUUUCGCUACACCCACAAUAACAUCUGCUAAAUAUGUGUAUGUGACCAAUAACAUUUGAUUUAAUAGGCCUUCAUUUUGGUGUGCCUGUUACAAACACGUGUCGACAAACCUCCCCAGAUUAUUUUUUAAAUAUUAUUUUUAUUGUGAUUUAGUUCCGAUUUUUCAGUCCUACUAUUUAUUUUGUCAUUUAUAUUUUAAGUAUUAUCUCUUAGUUGUCAACAUUUAGGAUAGCUCAGAAGUGUAGAAAACCUUUUGAGGAAAAUCUCUGAACAAAACCUUACAAUGGAGGAUUCAAAGCUUCCCACGAUUGACCCAGAUUUUGAGCCGCAAAGCAGACCUAGGUCGUGCACAUGGCCGCUCCCCAAACCCGACAUCUCAGCUGUUAAACCGGAGGGGGCAGACGGCCCUGAAUCCGCUGCGGGAACCCCGCCCGCCGAUGAGGAUAAGCAGGAGCAAAAACAAAUCAUAUGUGAGCCUGAGAAAGUUGUGGUCUCAGAGGGAGGAGCCGGAGUGGGUGGAGCCACGCCCCGAAAGGGAUCAUCCCGGCGCAAUGCAUGGGGGAACCAGUCCUACGCGGACCUGAUUAGUCAGGCUAUUGAGAACUCUCCAGAGAAGCGCUUAACCUUGGCACAGAUAUAUGACUGGAUGGUGAAAACCGUGCCUUACUUCAAAGAUAAAGGAGAUAGCAACAGCUCAGCAGGGUGGAAGAAUUCAAUUCGCCACAACUUAUCACUCCACAACAAGUUCCUGAGAGUUCACAAUGAGUCCACAGGCAAGAGUUCCUGGUGGAUGCUCAACCCAGAGGGGGGCAAGACUGGGAAAGCCCCCCGUCGCCGUGCUGCCUCCAUGGACAACAGCAGCAAACUGCUGAAGAGUCGGAUGCGGGCCAAGCAGACCAAGAAGGCAGCAGCAGGCUUGGGCGGGACCACCGGGGGAGACGGCGACGGCGGCGCAGACAGUCCCAACUCCUCCCAGCAGUUCCCCAAAUGGGGGGUGAACUGUGGCAGCCCUUCAUCCCGCGGCAGCCUAGAUGACCCUGACAUGUGGACCAGCUUCCGUCCACGCACCAGCUCCAACGCCAGCACUCUGAGUGGCCGGCUGUCCCCCAUUGGUCCCGGCCAGGAGGAUGAGGAUGACCUGCCUGAGGAAGGCCUACUGGGCUACUCCACGGGCAACCUACCCCCCACCCUCACCGAGACACUCAUGGAGGAGCUGGACCUGAUCGAUGGCCUGACGCUGAUGACCGAGCAGCAAGGAAGGGCUAGUCCCAGCAGCCCCCCUGGUGCCCCCACCCCUCUUCCCUCCGCUUCCACCCUGCUUCCCCGGGGGUCCGGGUUCCCCUCUUUCCGUCAGCUGCAGCCACCCAACCUCUCCCAGGCCGCCAACCAGACUGGGGGACAGUCCUCAGGCACACAAUGUGGCAACAAUAACAACUCCAAACCCUCAAACUAUGGCAACUCCCUCUUCAACCCUAUGCCUAGCCCCGGCUCCCGUGGGACUGGUCACUAUGGCACCCAUGUAGCCUCCAGCUUGGAGGCGUUGCUCACCUCGGACUCCCCGCCUCCCAGUGAUGUCAUGAUGACCCAGGUGGAUCCGCUGAUGCCCAGUCCGGGUGGUGUGGGGAUGAUGGGCAUGGGGGGGCCCAUGGUAGGAGGGCGGGCCAAGCCCAACCAGCUGUUGCUGGGUAAGGGGCUUGAGCCCAACACUGUGGCACCCAUGGGGAUGCAAUCUCAACUCCAGUCCCAGCAGCAGCAGCACUCUCAGCUGGGCCUGGGCAUGAUUCUGUCAGGUAUGGCCCAGGACUCUCCACAGUUCUCAGGCCUCAAAGCCCAGCAUGCACAGCUGCCAGGCAUGGGGCUUCACCAUGGAGGGGGCCUCUCCGCCAAUGCAGGAGGAGGUCUGCCAGGGAUGGGCCAGUUCGGAACGCCGAGCUGCUUCCUGCCCAGUCAAGACCGCUUGCCCACCGACUUGGACAUCGAGAUGUUCACAGAGAACUUGGACUGUGACGUGGACUACAUCAUCAACAGCGACCUCAUGGAUGGAGAGGGCAUCGAUUUCAACUUUGACCCCAUAAUCCAGGGGGGGCAAAGCUACUCCGGCCCUGCGACCACGCAGAGCUCCGCCCACAACUGGGUACCCAGCUAACUUCCCAGCAACCCUUUCAGUGUUAGCCAGGAGAUUAAUGAAGAACAUCAUGAAGUACAAUGUCAACAUUUGUCUUUGACUCUUUGUUGCGGGUAAGGAUCCCCAAUCACACACUCAACGACACCCACAAUAAAGAACAAACCUGGUGCAUUCCCAUUCCUCAUCUCUCUAUCGGCUGAAGAUCCGAAGCUAUUUUUAUUUUUAUUUUUUAAAUCUUAGCGUUUGUACUUUUGAGUUUUUUUUGGAUUUAAGGACGAAAACAGACCUCAGACAUCCAUGUCACGUGCCAAUAGGAGUGGAUGGUCAGGAGAUCCAUCAUACAUGAGACCCAGCCCCCAUAGUAACACUUGCAACUUUUUGGGAGUUUGCCGUAUGUAUUUUCUUGGAGUGUUUUUGAGAGAAGUGUGACAGAAUUUAUUUGGAGUAAAAAUACUAAACACAACAAACAACUCUAAACUACUUGGAGUUAAUAUAACAAUUAAUAUUAUUACUAUACCAAAGUAGUUUUAGGAUUGAUAUGGUACACCUCAUUGAUGUCUUUGAUAUUGAAGGUGAAAUGGACGGUGCACACAGGAAAAAAUGGCCAGUUUUCGUAUAAAUUGUAGGUGAACGAUUACCGACCACCGCCAACUUAGACAUGAAUUGAAGCUGCUGCAUCUGUAUGAGAGAAUGGGGUUCACACACAAACUCCUCUGGACUUUCCCCAAGGAAAAGAUUGAGAAGAUGCAGUGGGACUAUGGACGGGUUGGUUGUUAAGCAACAAAACCAACGUGUGAGCAACUAUGGGGCAAAACAGAAAGGGUUGCAGCUGCGUGGGCCCAGGCCCACCCACUGGGAAGCCAGGCCCAUCCAAUCAGAUUGAGCAAAAAAAUAUAAAUAAUAAUCGUCUUUUUACCUAAACAUGCAAACACCAUCAGAUAGAAUUCAUAGCAAGCAGUUAAGGAUGCAAUUUUCGGUUAGUUUUGCUGCCGACUAACCAACCCUCAUUAACCGGUCAACAAACAGUUUCAUUUUUUCCAAAUAGUAAAAUUAUAUCACCAACAGAAAAUAGCCUACUAUGCAUGCAUACAAGGAACGGACAUUUUCCAUUGUGAGCUUAAUGGAAACAUGCAACAAUAGCAAGCCUAUCGUCUUGCAGUCAAAAGGCUAUAGCCUAUUAUUGAACAUUCAACUCCUGUAAUGAAGCAGCUAAUAAAAUGUCAUUUUCAAACAUUUGCCAAAAUGCAAUUCGCGGUAAAACACAGUUCUAAACAGCACAUCUAUUGCAAAUGGUUCCAUAUGUGACAGAUAUCAAACUUAGAAAGAUGGGGAAUCUAAUAGCAACAACUAAGAUGGGUUGCUAAUAUGACUAGCAUUGUGUCUUUGGCUUCUGGACAACGAAAGAAAGUUGAUAUGAAAACCAAUAGAGCAGUAGAAAAAUGCUGGUUAAUGGCAUGAGGAAGUCCUUAUAAAAGAAAAAAAAUAAUUGCCUCCACGUUUCUAUGGUUGGAUUUUGGCAAGACUACUUUGAAGCAAGGUAAGACAUUAUUUAACGUAUUUAACGUAAAGUAAAAUGAUCAGGUUUCAAACAAUUAUACUGCCUCAAGCUCACAUUGUAAAGUGGUGGGUGACGAGCUGAUCGCCUGCCUACCGUUGACAAUAGCAUAUGCACUCAAAUGGGAAUAUCUUUUAUUAUUUUUAGUCGUGGCCAUCAAAACAGUUCACACGCGAUUGCAUUUAGAAUUAGUUGCUGCGCAAUGACUGGGCUUAUAAAAACACAUUUCACUACAGUACCCAGCUUUUUGAGGAGCUACUCUCGCGCUGUCUGACAGGUUAUAGGUUAUUCUGCUCCUCAAACUAGGCUCUGUCUGCUUGUGAUAACUAAGAUGCACGCCAAUUUAAUUCCACUAAAUUAUGCAAAUGAACCUGUAGACUGAUAAGCAUGACUGGUCAAAUGUAAUUUCGGCGGCUAACCUAUUAACGGUUAACCGUUAACAUCUCUACAAGAAGUGCACUGGAAUGACAUUCACUCUCAUGGGAUGGUUGGCCAAAAAUAACUAACUGAAAGCCACACUCCCAAUAAGCCAUGAAUAUGACCGCAUUGAGGCAUAUGUCACUGUGCUUCUGUGGCGAUAUGCACUAUAUAUAUGCAUCAUACCACCUCCUACUUUGUUCAUUUAGCAAACAAGACAGCUCAUAAUCCAGUGCCUUUAUCACAGUCAACACACCUAUUUUUUUAGCUUUAAUUCGCUUUAAAAAAAAAAAGGUUUAUCUGCCUCAUGACAAAACGUGUAGAAUUGCAGUAAAUUAGGGGGGGACCAACUAAUUUCUGUCUACACUACUGCAGGGGUUGGCUUAGAUUGUUGACAACAUGUAAACUAUAUUUCAUCUCCAAAUGUUUAUUGAAAACAAAAACACAUUUGCACAAUGAGCAAUUGUCUCAAAUACAUUGUUACAGUUGUUGAUUAGCUAGCAAAUUUUAGCUAUAUUAGCAUUGACAUGAAAUCGGUCCAAACACCUCAAAACAAGACAUGGUAUCAAGAACAAGAUAAAACUAGCUGAA